GGAAGGCGUCCCUUUACACUCUGUAUGCCUGUUUGAUGUUUAUAGGGUCAGAACAUGGCUCAGAAUAGUAUAAUUUUAGGGAUUUUAGUGUUUUUUUCAGGUCAGUUUGGCUCUGUCUCAACCCAAAGACCAAAUGUGUGCAAGACCUUUGGCAGUGGGAUCAUGCAGACUUUCAAUGGGACCAGGUUCCAUGUGAAAUCCACAUGUCCUGUAACACUGACACACUUCUCUCAUGCUGGAGUAGACUGUUUUAUCUCUGUGCAGCGUGAUCCAACUGGUUUCAUGAAGAGAGUCGAGAUUAUCGUGAAUAAAGUUGCUACCAUCAUUCAGGACGGCAUGCUGACUCUGGAAGGAAACAGCAUCUCUCUGCCCUAUGACCACACUUAUCAGAGUGUGUAUACAUUUGGCAUUUAUACCAAGCUUAGAAGCAAAGUUCUACCUCUUUCUGUCAUAUGGUACAGUUUUCCUGAUGGUGUUAGUUCACUUUCGGUGCAGCUGGACCGGUCCUUACUGGAUGGGAUGACUGGGAUGUGUGGGGGACUAAAUAGUUCAGAAAAUCGAGCACAGCUUCUUGAUAAAAAUGUCAUCCAUGAUGGGAUAUGUGUAAUUGGUGAUUCCCAACCAGUAGAGGAUACGAUUUGCAAUGAGUUUAAAUCCUGGGCCAGAGAGUGCCUGGGCAGCAAUCUUAAGAUUUUUGAGAAGCUCUGCAAGCAAAACAUGUAUACUAACAUCCAUGAGUCUGUAAAGUGUUCUUUCUAUGAAGAAUUCAUUCGCCUAUGUAAUGGCUCAGCCACCCUGCAAUCAAAAUUACAAAGCAUAACUUCAUGUGGGGACCAUCAAUGUCCUGGAGAUCUGCAGUUUAAAUCUCAAGGGGCUGCUUUUCCUCCCACCUGCUCCAACCCCCAGCUUCAGACAGAAUUUCUUACCAGCACUUGUCUUCCUCCAAAAGGUUUAGUCCUGAAUGAUCGAGCUGAAGGCUACCACAGUGUUAAGGUGGAGGACUGUCCUUGUGUACACAGGGAAAUAACUUAUGCCCCAGGGCAAAGGCGCAGCUCAAAGUGCCAAACUUGUGAAUGCAUCAAAGGAAACUGGAAUUGUUCAUCUAACACCUGUGUUCCUCCGUGUGUCAUUGAAGGCUGGUUUGUCACUACCUUUGAUGGUAAACAAUAUUCUCUGCCCGGAAAAUGUACAUAUGUGGUUGCAAUGGGACUCAACUGGACUGUGACCAUCAAAUUUUCUGAUAUGACUAUAGAAGAAAUGUACCUUGAUGUGUAUCAGGAACGAUACACCUUCUCCUUAAACAGAGUUCAACUAGGGGAAAAUGAUAUCACUGUCACAGAUCUGUCACAAACCGAACAUGUCACUGUCUACUGGCAGUCUUCGAUGUUUGUUAAAGUCCAGACAACGUUUGGAAUGAAGAUGCAAGUACAAGUUUCUCCAGAAGUUCAAAUGUACAUGUAUUUGCGACAAAGCGUAAUGACCACAGGCCUUUGUGGAUCAUACAACAACAACACAGAAGAUGACUUCACUACGAGCAGUGGUAUUGUGGAAAACUCAGCUCAGCCUUUUGCUCUAUCGUGGACGCUGGGGGACUGCACACCAAAUAUCCCCCAUGUCUGCAUCAACACUGACAAUGAGUUAUUUGCUGAAGAUAAGUGCAGCCAGCUGAGAAACAUAAGUGGUGUGUUUGCCCAGUGCCAUGACUAUGUGCCGGUUAACCCUUAUUAUGACGCCUGCGUUCAGAGAACCUGCCAGGCUACUUCUGGCUUAGAGGAGCAUGCGUGUGUUGGUCUGGGAAACUAUGCUAAAGCCUGUGCCAGUCAGGGCAUCACCAUUGGUGACUGGAGAACAGAAACAGACUGCACAUAUUCCUGCGACAGUAAUCUGAUAUUUGAUUACGCCAUGCAGGCAUGCAAUCAUACAUGCCGCUCAUUGUCUAGUCCUGACCCGACCUGUGACAUGUCAGAUGACCCAGUGGAGGGCUGCGGAUGCCCAUCUGGCACUCACCUCAACACACCACUCAAGUGCAGCCCUCGUGCCCUCUGCGAUUGCAACUACCCAGGUGGAACAUCACCUCCAGGGCCCGUGGUUAUUGAUGGAUACCAAUGCAUAUGUGAAAAUGGAAAUCUCCAGUGUUCAGAAGUUUGUGACUGUCCACAUGGACAAAUAUGUGUCCAUUGUGCACGAGAACCAGUAAACACAGCACAAAGGACAUGUGAGAGCCUGAGCAAACCUUCUAGGACUGAUGAGACAUGCAUCAGUGGCUGUUACUGUCCAGAGGGCCAGUAUGCAGACCAUACAGGCAACUGUGUGACUCAGGAGAAUUGCACAUGUGAAUUCAGUGGGAUGGUUUAUGAAUCUGGGCAGAGUGUGGAGUCAAACUGUAAAAUAUGCACUUGUGGAGGAGGCCAGUGGGAUUGUCAAGGGGAUCCAUGCCCAGGAGUGUGUGAAGUGUUUGGCAAUGGACAAUAUAAGACGUUUGAUUCCAAAUGGUAUCGCUUCGACGGCCACUGUCAGUACACUCUAGUUGAGGACAUCUAUGGGCAGUUUUCCAUUAAAGCAGAGAGUGUGCCUUGUUGUGAUGAACUUCUGACCUGCUCCCGCUCCAUCUCAGUGACACUCAAGGAUGAAGUGACUUUGAUCCUGCGUGAUAUGAAUGUAACCGAGAAGCUUCUGGAUGGGUGGCACUUCAGAGCUAAGUCACUGUACUCUAUCCACACUGUGGGCCUGUACAUAAUCAUCUCUGUGCCUGAACUGGGCCUCAGUGUGAUUUGGGACAAGCAAACCAAAGUCAAAAUUGAGCUGCAGGUCUCAUGGAAUGGUAAAGUGCGGGGCCUGUGUGGUGACUUUGAUGGGAAGUUAAUGAAUGACAUGCUGACGAGCAGCUCCACUGUAGUGGCCAGCACACUGGAUUUUGGGAACAGCUGGAAGACAGCCGUGCCCCCCUGUUCAGAUGUGACCCAGGAAUUGUUUCCCUGUGAACACCACUCAUACUGCGCUGCUUGGGCACAGAGACGCUGCAUGAUUCUACACAGUGACACGUUUAAAGCCUGCCACCUAAAGGUUGAUCCAGCACCUUAUUACCAGGCCUGUAUUCUGGAGUCAUGCUCUUGUGAUUUUGAGGGCAAAUUCCUGGGAUUCUGCACAGCUGUGGCAUCAUACGCUGAUGCCUGCACAACCCAAAAUAUCUGUAUCAAAUGGAGGACUCCUGACUUGUGCCCGGUCUAUUGUGACUAUUACAAUGAAGAGGGUCAGUAUAACUGGCAUUAUGAAGCAUGUCCUCAACAGAUCAAGAGUUGUGGGAAAAACAACAAAUUCUCUGGAGAGCUUGAAGGUUGUUACCCACGGUGCCCUGCUGAGAUGCCAUAUUAUGAUGAGAACAGAAGAAUAUGUUCCAGUUUGGACAGUUGCACUUGUUACUUCAACAACACUGUGGUUGGACCUGGUGCUAAAGUGACUACACCUAGUGAAUGCUGUGAUUGCAUUGGUGGGCAAAUGAUUUGCGGUGAGUUUUAUACCCUGAAUAUAUUUACAAGAUGUCAGUUUUGAUUCUAAUGUAUCCAAUUAAAAAUCUGUUUACUAAUGUGUUAACACCCACAGAAAUGUGUAAAACAACACCCAAAAUGACACCAGAAAUCCCCCCACUAACAACUAUUACAACAGAGGCAACUGUAACCACCACAACAAUAUUAACCACAAGAACCACAACUGUACCUACAACUACAACUUCA